UAUCACCACACGUGCUGAAAACUGACAAGAUAACAUUUCAAAGAAAAGUUUAAUAUCGAGGAGUGAAACUAAAAUAAAAAAUUUUAAAAAGAAGCAAGAAAUAAUACUAAAUGUCGAUGAUUUUGGCAAGUGUAUGGAAAUAUCGAAUAAGUCACAGAAAUUGUAUUGCCCACAUAAAACAUAUACAAAUUCAAGCAAUGUCUUCUGAUAGAAAAAGAAUUGGACAAGAGAACCAAUCAAAUAAUAAUGAAAGUGUUCUUAAAAUUACCAUUGGUGAUGUAAAAAAACUUACCAAAGCAUCAAAAACUCCAGAACUUGUCCCUAUUAAUUAUUUAAACAUGAAUUGCAACCAGGAAGCUAUGUCUCAUUUACGAUGGAUGCUUCAAAAAGACAUUCUUGGUCAAGAUAUAUUUUUGAUUGGAAAACCUGGACCUCUGAGACGCCGUUUAGCUUUAGCCUAUUUAGAACUUACUAAUAAGUCUGUUGAAUUUGUUUCUUUAUCUCAAGACACUACAGAAGCAGAUUUAAAACAACGUAGAGAAAUUAUUGGUGGUACUGCAAAGUACAUUAAUCAGAGUGCUGUUAAAGCUGCAAUUGAAGGGCGCGUAUUGAUUCUUGAUGGAAUUGAAAAGGCUGAGCGUAAUGUUUUACCGAUUUUAAAUAACCUACUAGAAAACAGAGAGAUUCAUUUAGAAGAUGGUAGAUUUUUAGUAGCUCCUAAAACAUAUGAUAAACUAUUACAAGAACAUGGUCUAGAACACAUGAUGAAAUGGAAUCUUGUCCGUGUCAGUGAAGAUUUCUUUGUGAUUGCACUAGGUUUACCUGUACCUACAUUUAAUGGCAUUCCUUUAGAUCCUCCACUGCGAUCUCGAUUCCAAGCCAGACAUAUUAUUAUACCAUCCUAUACGAACAUGCUAAACGAUUUAACUGCCGAAUAUCCAACAGCACCCAAAGACAAAUUGGAAAAAGUUCUUUCCUGUGCAUAUGCUUUAGCUUCGCCAGAAUCCAAUAAAUUAGGCUUGCACAAUUUUCCCAUCGAAAAUAUCCCUAUAAUCGCCAAAUUAAUUUUCAACAAUCCGUCUGUAUCACCAAGCAGUCUACUAAAACGACUUUACCCGUAUGAAAGUUUUAUGAACCUGGAUGGUAAACGAUCCGUGAAUAGUAUCCUUUCGUCGUUUUGCCCCGAAGAUAACGAUGAAGCAGUCAGUCAUAUUUCAUCUGUUGAAAGAUCAAAUGAUAACAGUGCCGAAGUUGUUCUUGACAAUUCUAAAUGUUUUACGGUACCAUCUGGACAGGCGUUCAUUGGCAUUAUAUUUUCAAAUUUUAUAGACACCAAUUAUCAAAACUCCAUAUUGUCUGAUAUUGCUCUCAGUCAUUCUGCAGCUGAUAUGUGUAUUAUAGGUCCUAGAGGCUGUGGUAAGACAGCCAUUAUAAAUCGGUUUGCGACAACGUUCAACUACGAUGUGGAAACCAUUUCUUUAUAUCAGGAUUUGACUGCGAGAGAUUUAAUUCAACAAAGAACUACUUUACCAAAUGGUGACACAGUUUGGAAGUUUAGUCCAUUAGUAGUUGCUGCUAUUGAGGGAAAAUUAGCUGUCCUAGAUGGCCUUCAUAGAUUGCAUUCUUCUACUUUGUCUAUUUUACAUAGACUUAUUCAAGAUCGAGAUCUUCAACUUCACGAUGGCACUAGAUUACUAAGGUCAGACAGAUAUGAUAAGCUUGCUAAGAAAUUAGGAAUAGACGUUAUGAAGAAAUCAAACAUAAUUCGUGUACAUCCUGCAUUUAGAAUUAUUGCUUUAGCAGAACCACCAGGUGGGACUAUUCCUCAAUGGAUUACUCCUGAAGUAUUAAACAUGUUUAUGUUUCAUGAAAUUAGACCGCUAUCUGCAGUUGAAGAAUUAAAGAUUGUACAAAAUCUUUACCCGAAUAGUGUAAAACCUAUGAAGAAAUUAGUUGCUGUCACUAAAAAACUACGAGAAUCGAAUGAUAUUUAUUUAAAUUCUUUAGCUCCAUCUUUGUCUACGCGACAGUUAUUACGAAUUACAAAAAGGCUUGAUAAAUAUCCAGAUUCAGAUUUUUACAAUAUUAUAAACAAGGCUUGUUUAUCACAAUUUUUACCGCAACUAACAAAACAAAUGCUUGAAAAAACAUUAUACAGUUGCAGUAUUCAACCAAUGUCUACUAAUUUAAAUGAUUCUUCAAUAAAGUGUGUAUAUGAUGAUGACAGUUUAACUAUUGGUGAUACAACUGUUCUUCGGUAUAAAACUAAUGCAUCAAGCAAAGUCCCAAAUAUUUUAUUUUAUGAUUUACCACAACAUUUAAAACAACUAGAAUUAAUGCUUCAAGAUUUUGUUUUGGGAGAACAUCUUUUGUUAGUUGGCAAUCAAGGUGUUGGUAAAAACAAAUUGGUUGACAGAUUUCUACAACUUUUAAAUAGGCCAAGAGAAUACAUUCAACUUCAUAGAGAUACAACAGUUCAAUCGUUGACUAGUCAACAAACUGUAAUUGAUGGUGUACUGCAAAUUGAGGAUUCACCCUUAGUAAAAGCUGUUAAAGCUGGUUAUGUCUUAGUUGUAGACGAAGCAGAUAAAGCACCAGCUCAUGUGACAUGUGUACUGAAAAAUCUUGUUGAAACUGGCAAUAUGAGACUAGCUGAUGGAAGAAAAAUUGUUAGUAAUACUGAUUUUCCAAAAGAUGACUCUGUUAUCAUUCUUCAUCCAGACUUUAGAAUGAUAGUCUUAGCAAAUCGACCAGGAUUUCCAUUUUUGGGAAAUAAUCUAUUUAGUACACUUGGUGAUGUUUUCAGUUGUCACGUCGUAGAAAACCCUAGUCGUGAAUCUGAAACACAGUUAUUGAAAAGUUAUGGUCCUGAUGUUUCUCUUGAAGUUAUUGACCAAGUGAUCUCUGCCUUUGGUGACUUGAGACAGUUGUUUGACAAAAAUUUAGUCUCAUAUCCAUAUUCUACUAGAGAAGCAGUUAAUAUAAUUAAACAUUUACAAUCAUAUCCCCAAGACACAUUAUUAGACGCCAUUAAAAAUGUAUUUGAUUUUGAUUGCUAUUCAAAAGAAGCACAAGAAAUAAUUACAAAUGUUCUUAAUAAACAUAAAUUACCAAUAAACCUAUCUCCUUGGGCAGGCCCAACCCCAAAAAAAAAUCUACAAAUAACUGUGGAGAAAGAAAGUGGCCUUGACGUUUCAAGUCCUAAACAUGGUAAAGUAGAUGAAAAAAAUGAACCUCAUGUAGGUGGAAAUACUUGGGCUGGUGGUACAGGUGGUCGAGAUACAGCUGGAUUAGGUGGAAAAGGAGGUCCAUACAGACUUGAUGCAAAACAUAAGGUUUUUCAGGUGUCUGAUGCAGAAAAAGAUGCUGUUCCAGAUCAUGUCAAAGAAGCUGCAAGGCAAAUGGGUCAAAAAGCAUAUAAAGAACGUCUCAAAGAAAUAGAGAUGUCUGAAUAUGAUGAUAAAGUAUACAACGAAUACUCUGUACCAGUACAAAAUCAAGUGCAAGCACUAAGAGUAAUAUUGAAUUCACUGCAAGCAAAAUCCAAAGAAAGACAAUGGGUUAAACAUCAAACAUCAGGUGAACUGGAUGAUAGUAAAUUGAUAGAAGGUGUUAUUGGAGAACGUUCAAUUUAUCGAAAGCGUAGUAAUGUGGAUCCACAAAUUGGAGCGCCUCAGCUAAAACCCAAACGUUUACGUUUCAUUGUAGAUGUUUCUGGCAGUAUGUAUAGAUUCAAUAGCUAUGAUGGCCGUUUAGACCGUGAGCUUGAAGCUGUUGUAAUGGUGAUGGAAGCACUUAGUGGUUUUGAAGACAAAAUCAGUUAUGAUAUUAUUGGGCAUUCAGGUGAGACAGAAUGUCUUAAAUUUGUUGACAAAUCAAAUCCACCCACUGACAAUAAGAGACGGUUAGAUGUAAUUAAAAAAAUGCAUGCUCAUACUCAGUUUUGUAUGGCUGGUGAUAAUACCCUUCAAUCAGUCGUAUAUGCACAAAAAACCUUGGAAGCUGAGCGUGCAGAUUUUGAUGAAGCUAUAAUUAUACUUCUCUCAGAUGCUAAUUUAUCGCGUUACAAUAUCAGGCCUGAUAGAUUAUCAGCUGCACUUAAUCUAAGUGAAGAUGUUCAAUCUUUUGCGAUUUUUAUUGGAUCUCUUGGUGACCAAGCUGACAUGUUGACAAGAAGUUUACCAGCGGGCAAAAGUUUUGUGUGUAUGGAUCUUAAACACAUCCCACAAAUCAUUCAACAAAUUUUCAUGUCUUCUAUUAUGAGUGUAUUUUAAUCAAUUAUAUGUUUUAUAAUGAUAAUUUUA